UCAUUCCCCAAUGUGCUUGCACACCGUUCAAAGUUCAAGGUUACUCGCUUAGAUUAUAAACCUGUAGCUGUUGCCAUUGGAGUGUUUCCCACAGUAAUUGGCAGUUAUAGUCACAAUUUAACAUGAAACAGAUCAACAAGUUAUCUGGAGCUUUCUCCGUAACGAUCUAUUUUAUCAUUCUAGUGAGUAGAAUUAAAUGUCAGGAGGUCAUAGCCAGUCAAUCCAACAGUAAUCAGUCGCUAAUUAACAAUAGUUCCAAGGCAAACCCGAACGCUCCAUCGUUUACAGAGAGCUUGGGCUAUGGAUUUCUUUGUGUCACUCUAACUAAUUUAUGUGCUCUUGUAGGAAUUGUAUUUACGUUGCUUAAAAAAUAUCGUUUCUUCCCAACAAUACUUUCAUUUAUGGUGGCUACUGCUGUUGGUUCAUUAUUAUCAACUUCCAUUAUUGUACUUAUACCUGAGGCAUUACAAAUCAUUCAACCAACAGGUAAUAACAAUACAAAAGAUUCCGACUCGUAUGUUAUUAAGUCGAUUACCGUAUGUAUUGGUGUAUUUUUCUUCUAUAUUUUGGAAUUCCUCCUACGUCUUAUUCCACAGUGUUUUCAGAAAAAGAAAACACAUUCGAAUGACAAAAGUCAAAAUGGGUUUCAUAUAGAUCAAUUUAAUCAUCAUCACCAUCAACUUUCUUAUCAUCAACAAGGAAGACCUUCACUGGUAAUACCUGUCGAACCAGUAGCAGAUGGUGAUAAAGAUGGGCCUAUUGUUGAAUUCACACCUAACCGUUCUAAUCAGUCGAAAACAAUGAACAGGUCUCUAGUAGGUGGUGAGACAGAUUUACAGUGUGAAUCGCCUCCAACUGAAGACGUAAUGAAUCAUCUGCCAUCAUACGAGGAACUUUCUACGGAACUUCAAAAACCUAGUAAUAAUAAACAAAUAAAUACACAACCAAUAAUCCAGUCAACCCAUACACUGAAAAAGCAUAAAAGUUGGCAAAAUAGACUACGUGAUUUAGAACCUGUUGCUUGGAUGAUUUUCAUUGGUGAUGGUGCCCAUAAUUUUAUGGAUGGACUUUCAAUAGGUGUUGGAUUUACUCAAAGUAUCGGUUUAGGAAUAAGUUUAACAUUGGCUGUUUUGUGUGAAGAACUCCCACAUGAAUUAGGUGAUAUUGCUGUACUUCUACGUUCUGGACUAACUGUACCAAUGGCUAUGUUAUUUAAUUUUAUUUCUGCGUGUUCAGCAUAUAUAGGAUUGUUUGUUGGUUUAUCUGUUGGUGAUCUAAAUGAUGUAGCACCGUAUGUGUUUGCUUUAACCGGUGGCUUCUUUAUGUAUAUUGCUCUUGCAGAUAUGCUUCCAGAAAUGCGUGCUAUGGAAGAUGCAAAACGAACAGAGAACGGUAAUUGUUGGGCAAUGUUUCUCACAAAUCUUAUUGGUCUUCUAUUCGGUUUUGGAUGUAUUGUGACAAUUACAUUGACUAGUCAAUAUAUAAAUAUUUGAUUAUUAUUAUUAUUAUUCUUUCGUAACUUAUAAAAUAUAAUGAAACAAUAAACUAAGAAUUUGUCAAUCCAAUGAUUUUCAUUGUGAUUUAUUAUUUUUUUUCUAUUUACCAUUUUAUUCGUCUUUAUACUUUUCCAUUUAUUGUUUACUCUUUAUCUGUCUAUUGAAUCUUUCAUUAUUUUUAAAAUGAAUAACUUUUAUUCAAUUUUAAUCUAACUAUAUACAUAAUUGUUUCAAUUGUUUAAAUGUAAAAUCAUUUGUUUGUUUGUUUUUAUUUUUAAAAUUAUACUUUUUGUUUACUUCAAAUUGAUUAUUAUGCAGUCUGAAAUCUAUCCUCACUAUCUUUUUCUCCCAUUUUUCCAUCAAUUAAUUAAUUGUUUCCUAUUUUAAUUUAGAGACAAAGAAAAACAAAAAAACGCUAUUGGAUAAUUUAUCAGUUCUACUUUAAAAAUCAUAAUGAUCAAUCUUGUUCACUAACGUUUCACUUAUAUUUUUUUAUUAUCAAUAAAAAGUAACUGUAUUUUGUGUGUGUGUGUGUGUGUAUCAGAAGUUCAUUUUGUUAUUACGUUUUGAUUGCAAUAGGCAUAAACAUCUAGAUAAGUACAUAACCACAUAAACAUUAUAUAUAUAAUUUCUAGUCAAUUCAUUCUUGUAUUAUCUUGUAAUCCGUUGUUACCUUUGUCGCUCUUAUUACCAUUGAAAUUACUAUUAUUAAACAUAUGAAUGUCCAUUCAGAUUCUUUAGUAGAAUAUUGGGAUUAGUUAUUGUAGUGAUUUAUUUUGAGUACUGAUAUUAGAAACAGUUCAUCAAAUAGUCGUUCUUUAAUUUCCUGUUUAUUCUCUGUUGACUAGGUUAUCUUCGAUCAUACAGAGAUCACUUCAUAUAUAUAUAUAUAUAUAUAUAUAUAUAUAUAUAUAUAUAUAUAUAUAUAUAUAUAUAUAUAUAUAAUUUGCUCACUGUGAAUAUAUUGAUUAUUAUUACUCUAUGAAUGCUAUCUGUAUUUUGUUUUCUUUAUGAACUUUCAUGCUUAUUUUGUCUUUCUUUUCUCUACAACUGUUUUUUAAAAAAUCUUUUAUUUGUAUCUUUGCUAUUGUUAUUAUUAAUAAUAAUGUCACUACUGCCAAUAAGAUAACACUAAUAAUACCGUUGUUUUAUAAUAAUAAUUAUUAUUAUCAUUAUUACAAAUAAUAUUAUUUAUACACUGGAAUGUUGUUAUAGAAGUUACUUGACAAAUGGUAUUUGAAUGUAAACAAAUGAGCAGUAUUUUUUUAAAUCAUUUGACUAAUAUUUAUAUAUGCAUAUAUAUAUAUAUAUAUAUAUAUAUAUAUAUAUAUAUAUAUAUAUAUAUAUAUAUAUAUAUAUAUAUAUAUAUAUAUAUAUAUAUAUAUAUAUAUAUAUAUAUAUAUAUAUAUAUAUAUACGUUCACCCAAUACAGUUUGUAGACUCAUUUAGGCAUCAUUAUUAAUAUCAUUAAUGGGUAAUUCUUUUAUUACAUACAUGUGAGAAGUUUGACAACUAAUAUAACUUUGAAAAUACUCGGUUUUUUUGUUACUUAGAUUAAUAUUAGUAUAAUUGUUUUGUGUACUUGUUAUCUUGAUGAAAAACACAACUGUUUUUUCUAUUAGUUUAUUGUUUUCUGUGGCUUUCAUUUACCUAAUUAGUGUAAGCGUUAUUUUCGGUAUUAAAAUUAAUCAGUGAUAAAUCAAUUCAAUCGGAAUAUAGUUUUGUUUGUGUGUUGAAAAAAAUUAUUUUCAAUCUUAAGCAACAUUUUUAUUAUUUAAAGUUUUAAAACUGUCAAGUUAUUAUUUUUGAGUAAUAAAAGCAAAUAAUAUGUUGGCAAUCGAGAGUAAUAUUUAUACUUUUCUUUCAUUGACUAGUUAAAAUAAUCACAACAUUACCAAUCUAGUUAACAAAAGUGAUUUAAAAUAUUAAGCAUUCCUGUUUCUAUCCAUUUAUUUACUGUUAGUUUGCUAACACAUGAACAAAAAGGAUUGCGUUUUAUAACUGUACGUAUAGCGUUUAUGACGUAACCUAAAUCUAAUUCCUGUAAAACUUAAGGAGUAUCAACUCAAUGGUUUGUAUAUUUUCGUCUUCCUUCUCUGAUCCUUUGAGAAACGACUGACAAUAACUUUAAAAUUCAUACAUCAAAUGCAUUAGGGGUCGGAAAGUAGUGUCAUAUGAGCAACAGGACUGAUCAUAAACGUUUACAGACAAGAGUGAAUACCUGCUAAUUACUGUUUAUUGCGUUC